ACCCUGCUCAUGCUCGCGAGGACAGGAAGAUAUGACCGCAGCUGAUAUAUGUGUUGUAGUGAUGUAAUUUAGCCGUUUGUUGACUACGGAUGGCUGUUUGUGCCAGGCUUUGCGGAGUCGGACAGUCUCGAAGGUGCCGCCGGAGACGACAGAGGAACGACCAGCAGGACCAAGGCAGCGAUUCUGAUAUGGAAGAGGAAGAAGAAGAGCGAAUCGUAGGCCAGCGGAGAAGCGAAGCAGGGAGCAGCGGAGGCCCCGGGCGAGUCGCUGCCGCGGACGCCGCGACUGCAGGGCCAAGUGACGCUUGUGAAUAUGGCAGCGGCCAUGUCAACAGAGGAGAAUCGAACACGAAACCUCUACACCCAGAGUCAUUAAUUGAACUACCGCCGGAGCUCCUGGUGGAAAUAUUUUCCUUGCUUCCAGGAACAGUGUUACCUAACGUCGCACUGGUUUGCAAGAAAUUUAGACAAAUCCUCAAAACAGAAACCAUAUGGAGAAGACGAUGCGUGGAAGAGUUUGGAAUGAAGGAGGAUCUGAGAAAGAUGGAAGCAGGAGGAGUUACCAGCCAAGACCUUUAUGUUAAACGUGUCAUCCCACGGGUGAAGUCUGGGCGCUUUAUGAAACUCCUGCCCGACUACGAGCACAUGGACUAUAAAGACGUGUACACGCACUUGCUUCACCCAUAUAGACACAUUCUAGGUCUUUGGCAGCCUGACAUCGGACCUUACGGUGGAUUGCUCAACGUUGUGGUGGAUGGUUUAUUCAUAAUUGGCUGGAUGUAUCUACCACCUCAUGAUCCCCGUGUGGAAGAUCCGAUGAGAAGGCGACCACUUUUUCGCAUUCACCUGCUGGAAAGCAAAAAGGCCACUGUGGAGUGUAUGUAUGGACAUAAAGGUCCCCACAAAGGAGACAUCCAGACUGUAAAGAAAGAUGAAUUUUCAACUAAAUGUAACCAGACCGAUCAUCAUCGGAUGCCAGGAGGCAGACAGGAGGAAUUUAGGACUUGGUUAGAGGAAGAAUGGGGUCGCACACUGGAGGAAAUCUUCCAUGAACACAUGCAGGAGCUGAUCCUGAUGAAGUUCAUUUACACCAGUCAAUAUGAUAACUGCUUGACGUACAGGCGGAUCUACCUGCCUCCAUCAAUGCCUUCAGAUCUGCUAGAGCCAGGCUUAUUUAAAGGCACAUAUGGAAGUCACGGCUUGGAGAUCGUCAUGCUUAGUUUCCAUGGGACUUCUGCAAGAGCCACUAAACUUACUGGAGACCCAAACGUUCCUGCAGGGCAACUCACACUGGACGUCGACCUGAGCCAGCCUGUGGACCUCCCGGAGUUAGACCAACAGAAAAACAUUGAUGUGCUGUCACGGAUUAUAUCAGGAAUACAUGAGAAAGUACAAAGAGAGGUGGAACACCCGGCUAGCGACUCCUCUGCUAGUGCAGGACAUCCAGCGGAGGAAGCAGGUGCUGCUGCUGCUGCUAAAGUAGUAGAAGAUGACCAUGGUGCCUGCGAAGAUGCAUCCCAGUCUGAGCCCAGCAGUAGUAGCCAUCCUCCUGAAGCUCAGCCCUUUGUUUUGCCUUUAGGGGUCAUGGCUCGCAAUGAGGUGUACCCUCGCACCUGCAGGAAAUGCUUCUAUGGAACAGGCCUGAUUGCUGGUCACGGCUUCACGAGUCCAGAGCGCACACCAGGGCUCUUUGUGCUUUUCGAUGAGGACCGUUUUGGUUUCAUCUGGCUGGAGUUGAAGUCUUUCAGCCUGUAUAGUCGGCUGACAGACCACCUGCCCCACGCCGACGCCCCGAACAUGGAGCGGUUUGAGGCUAUGCUGCGCAACAUGCAGUCUUGGACAUCUUGAUGCAUCAAGCUUUAAGCAAAUUAACCCUUACACUUGAUUUGCCUCUGAUGAGGACGUCAACGUCCUGAUAUCUUGUGACCUUAACCCUCAAUGUUGUUUGAGGUUGGGUUUUACUGCGCAAUUCUACCUGCUUGUGUCACCCUGACCUAACAUACCUAUAUUUCCUCUACACAUGCACUCUGAAGGGCCUCCCAUGUCACUGUUUAUCGCCUCGACCUAUUACGACCUUAACCUAAAUAGCGCAGCAUGAGAACGGGUUACAUAAAGGUUUAUUUAUUCCCUACUGACAAAACAGUACCGGUACCGCUUAUAUGACCAUUAAAGGAUCAGACUGUAUGUGCCUGUGAUUCCAGAUCCACGUCUGUACCAGAUAGUGCUUGAAGCAGAUAAAGGUGUUCAAUGUAUUCUGUUAUAUCAUAGUAUUAUACCAGCCUCAGUGCCAAACAUGUUCGAGUGAGUGCUGCGUUUAAGAUCUAAUCAACACUGCACUUGAAACCAUGAUCUAAAGGUGGUUGGUUUGUAUAAAGCAGCAUGCCUUGUUUUGUUUUAAAUUGGUAAAUUAAAAGAAAGACAUCUCAGGUGCUUCUAUUGGUUUCAAGUCCUAAGAUAUAUUUGGUUUCAUUUGGUAUAUUCAGCAAAGAAAUACGUGAUAAUGGCAAAAUUGGCAAAUGUAAGAGUUCAGGCUUACAUUUGAUCAAGCUCAACAUUGGAAGAUUGAUCUUAGGGGGGGGAAACCCAUCAUUUUCUGGUAAUGCAUCAAACCUGUCACCGCAUCCAACAUAUUAGCCUAUUAUAAAAGCUGGAAAGAUGUAUUGUAAUGCAGUAGGUAAUCUAUACAGUAGUUUAAAAUGAAGUAUCCAAAUAUACUUGUUUUGUUUUGUAAAGCCUCCAUUCUUACAAUGUGUUCUCCUGGCUGACAGCGUUUUUGCCUGGCUUUAGUAGCGGCAAAGCUUUUUCCUUUCGGAUGAUUUGAAGUGCUGAUCAUUGCCCAGACCCAACAACUCAAAGUGCAACUGGAAGUUUAAAGUAACUUUGUAUAUAUUUCACUAUGGCCAUCUGUUGGUGAUGCCCAGUAGCUUUCUUACUCCAAGUGCACUUUUCUGGGCAGGUUGGUAAAACAUAGGCCCAAUCCCAAACUGCCCUCUAAGCGCUAGCCCUGUUGCACUGUUCCCUCUGAGGGUCCUACACAUUAAGGGCCGUCCCAAACAACGUAGUGGGUGGGGCGAUUGGACUGUUCAGCUCUUAAAUAGCGGUGAAACUUAAAGGAGUUCCUCCGGUUUUCUGCAUCCUCUUCCCACUGAUGAAAAAUCACAAGUUGGGUAUAAGAAAAAAACUUAAUAAUUCCAAAAAUAGAAGGUCCUCUUUGAAAUUGUUUUAUUUGACCAUAUACAUUUGUUUAAAGUGGCAAAUGUGAUUGUCACCCUGUGCCACAGAGCUACAGCCACACAUUGGGGCGUCACUGUGUUGCCUUAGCAAGGACCGCCUUUUUCCAUUGAGGGAAGAGGCUGUCAUAUUCCCGUUUAUACCCACCCACCUUCAAU